AUGGAGAGGCCCAAGGACCCCGAGUAUGGAGGAAGAAUGGAGAGGCCCAAGGACCCUGAGUAUGGAGGAAGAAUGGAGAGGCCCAAGGACCCCGAGUAUGGAGGAAGAAUGGAGAGGCCCAAGGACCCUGAGUAUGGAGGAAGAAUGGAGAGGCCCAAGGACCCCGAGUAUGGAGGAAGAAUGGAGAGGCACAAGGACCCCGAGUAUGGAGGAAGAAUAGAGAGGCCCAAGGACCCCGAGUAUGGAGGAAGAAUGGAGAGGCACAAGGACCCCGAGUAUGGAGGAAGAAUGGAGAGGCCCAAGGACCCCGAGUAUGGAGGAAGAAUGGAGAGGCCCAAGGACCCCGAGUAUGGAGGAAGAAUG